AUGGCCACAGCAUUGGCCCUUCAGACUUCAGAGAUGCAGGAAGGACUUCUGGCAGUAAAGGUAGAAGAGGAAGAGGGGGAUUAUGCCUCUGGGCAGGAAUCUGGCCUGCCAAGAGAUAACCCUCAUACCAGAGAGCUCUUUCGUAGACGCUUCAGGCAGUUCUGCUAUCAGGAGACACCUGGGCCCCGAGAGGCUCUUCGAAGACUCCAGGAGCUCUGCCGUCAGUGGCUGCGGCCCGAGACGCACAGCAAGGAGCAGAUCGUGGAGCUGCUGGUGCUGGAGCAGUUCCUGACCAUCCUGCCCGAGGAGCUGCAGGCCUGGGUGCGGGAGCACUGCCCAGCGAGUGGGGAGGACGCGGUGACUGCGCUGGAGGACCUGGAGAGGGAGCUGGAUGAGCCGGGAGAGCAGGUGGAAGAUGGGAGAACAGAGGUCCCAAUCUAUGCUUGUGAACAGGGAGAGUUUGCGAAGGAGAAGGCAACUCAGGGAGCAGCCCAGGAGUUGUCAGGUGGCUGGCUCCAGCCCUUGGAAGAGCUGCGUCCGUGCAAUUCGCGAGAGCUGUGCCCGGUUCAGGAGAUGGGUGACGAGGCUGGGACUUGGAAUGUGGAGUUAGCUCCAAAGAGGGAGCUUUCUAAGGAAAUGAGAUCUCCUGUGGAAGUACCUCAAAAACUGAAUGGUGGUACUACUCAGAUGCCUGAGUGUGGAGACACCUGUGACCACGAGGGCAGACUGGAAAGGCAGCGGGCAAGCUCUUCUGUGGAGAGACCGUAUGUCUGUGGUCAGUGUGGCAAGAGCUUCACCCAGAACUCCAUCCUUAUCGAGCACCAGCGAACCCACACAGGGGAGAAGCCCUACGAGUGCGAUGAGUGUGGGCGGGCCUUCGGCCAGCGGUCAGGCCUGUUCCAGCACCAGAGACUCCACACCGGGGAGAAGCGCUACCAGUGCAGCAUCUGCAGCAAAGCCUUCAGUCAGAACGCCGGCCUCUUCCAUCACCUCAGGAUCCACACGGGGGAGAAGCCCUUCCGGUGCGGUCAGUGCAGUAAGAGCUUUAGUCGGCGCUCGGUCCUCAUUAAGCAUCAGAGAAUUCACACCGGGGAGAGGCCUUACGAAUGUGAGGAGUGCGGCAAGAACUUCAUUUACCACUGCAACCUCCUUCAGCAUCGGAAGAUCCACCCCGUGCUGGGUCCAGCCGGCCCCUCGGAACAGCUUCUCAAAAAUUCUGAAUUUUCUUAACAACUGAUGAAAUACCAAGAAACAAAAGAUGUUAUAUAUGCUGUAGAGACAUACACCGCUUAGAAUGCAGUGAUGGUUAACAUGAUUAAAUGACUUAGAGUUCACCAAACUAA